GACGGGCGGCCAGUCGACGGAGUGACGGUCGAAGGGGCAGGUCGCACGCGGUUAGUUCGCGGGACGAGCCGAGCUGAGAGAGAGUGUCUCGCGCGCGACAACGUCAUCGGGAGGUGCGCCGCGCGCGAUGCUCGGCUUGCGAUAACACUGUGCCGUGCAAUCCAGUCGAGCGCGAGGUUAAGUGACUUCGAGCGGUACGGGAGAGCGGGAUACGGCCAGCGGGCCAGUGCGAGACCAUGCACAGGACUAGUGUAACGACCACGGCGGCCGCGCGUCGGACUUUGAUAGGCGCGACCGUGACGCGCGGCGGCGUUCUUCGGCCCCUGCUGCUGCUACUGCUGACCUUGUCCAGCCUCGCGAGCCCGGUUGUCGGCGAAGAAAAUGACCAUUGUAUUUGGUACGGAGAAUGUUACACGGACGCGGCUUUCCACAAAAAGAAUUGCGUUUACAAUGGACCAGCGAAGCCGUUGGAUCCCGAAGGGCAAAAAUUGUUGUCCAAGCAUUGCCCGCACUUGUUGGUGGACGAUGGCAAAGGGAUUAAUACCUGCUGCGACACGAACCAGCUCACUACGCUGGACGCGAAUAUCAAGCUUGCGUCAAACUUUCUGAAGAGAUGCCCUAGUUGUUUAGACAAUUUAGCGAAACACAUUUGCGACUUCACGUGCGCUACCAACCAAAGCAAAUUCAUCAACGUUACGGAGAAAGGCGAGGCAAAUGGUGUAGAAUAUGUUAACGGGAUACAUGUGUAUAUAACGAACAAGUAUCUCGAUGGGACGUUUAACUCGUGCAACAAGGUGUCGGUGCCGAGUACGGGACAGUUAGCACUGGAUUUAAUGUGCGGAGAAUGGGGUGCGAGCAGAUGUACUCCCGUGAAAUGGUUUCACUUCAUGGGCGAUGCAGAGAACAAUGUAUACGUACCUUUCCAAAUCACAUAUGUGAACACCGAUAAAUCGGUCGGACCGUUUCAGCCAUUAGAUCCUCCAAUCACGCCGUGCAAUAAGGCGCUAAACAAAAACACUCCAGCUUGCAGUUGUGUUGAUUGUGAACGAAGUUGCCCAACACCACCACCGAUGCCUCCAUUACCAAAACCAUUCUCAAUAUUCGGUUACGAUGGCUAUGAAGUUAUAAUGACAAUUAUAUUUAUAUGUGGUACCUGCCUCUUCCUUCUGUUAAUGAUGUGUUUCAGCCACAGGAAGCGUAUAGUUGCACGAGGAGAGGAGGUAGGAAGACAGGUGGGUAGACGGCUAGCUGCCGGAUUACACCACCCAGGAGAUGGUGCUCGUAUUGCCCUUGCAGCUGACCAAGAAGACAGUCCACUUCAGUCUAAGCGUUCUAGUGUUAUAUCCUCCGAUGAGUUGCCAAGUGAAUUUGAUCAAGAACAAUCCACAUUCCUUGAGAAGCUUGGAGCAGGCACCGAUAAAUUUUUGCAAGAAUUCUUCUGCAAGUGGGGAACGGUUUGUGCUUCUCGACCUUGGUUAAUACUUUUCCUUGGCUUCCUAUUUAUUGUUGCCUUGGGACAUGGCAUAAAGUAUAUGCAGGUUACUACAGAUCCUGUGGAAUUGUGGGCAUCCCCGCAUUCCCGAUCGCGCGUCGAAAGGGAAUAUUUCGAUAAACACUUUGAACCCUUCUAUCGAAACGAACAAAUUAUCAUCACUUCUACUGGCUUAUCAAACAUUGUACACAACACCUCUAAUGGCCAGAUUGUAUUUGGUCCUGUGUUUAACGAGACUUUUCUAAAAAUGGUCUUUGAAUUACAAGAAGGUAUUAAAAGUAUAAUUACUCCUAACAACUAUACAUUAGCGGAUAUAUGUUUUGCCCCUUUAACUGGGCCAUUUACCGGCCCAACGACUGUUUCGCAAUGCGCUAUUCAAAGUAUUUGGGGUUACUGGCAAGACAGUUUAGUAAAGUUUGAAGAUUCGGAAGAAGAAGGGAAUUACACAGUCAACUAUUUGGACCACUUCAUAGUGUGCUCACAAAAUGCAUAUAAUCCUGAAUGUCUCGCACUUUACGGCGGUCCUGUAGAGCCAGCAAUUGCAGUAGGUGGAUUUUUGUCUCCGGGACAAGAUCUUCAUAAUUCACCAUAUGAAAAGGCGACUGCAAUAAUCCUUACUAUUCUUGUAAACAAUUAUCACAACAAAACCAAGUUAUUACCCGCUAUGGAAUGGGAAGAAAGCUUUAUCAACUUUAUGAGAAAUUGGACGGCAACAAGAAAACCGGCGUAUAUGGACAUAGCAUUCACGUCCGAACGUUCUAUCGAGGACGAACUGAAUCGUGAGUCUCAGUCGGACAUUGUAACCAUCCUGGUAUCAUAUAUCAUUAUGUUUGGAUAUAUUGCGGUGUCUCUCGGCCAAAUUAGAUCAUGUGCUCGUCUUUUGAACGAUUCUAAGAUUACGCUUGGACUUGGAGGUGUACUCAUAGUGUUGGCAUCUGUGAUUUGUUCGGUUGGAUUGUUCGGCUUUAUUGGUCUACCAGCUACGCUAAUCAUCAUCGAGGUCAUUCCAUUCUUGGUGUUGGCAGUCGGAGUAGAUAAUAUUUUUAUUCUCGUUCAAACUCAUCAGAGGGAAGGCAGACGUCCGAAUGAAUCGAUCCCGGAGCACAUUGGUCGUACAUUAGGUCAAGUUGGCCCUAGUAUGUUACUCACAAGUGUAUCGGAAAGUUGUUGCUUCUUCCUCGGUGGUCUCUCUGACAUGCCAGCCGUGAAAGCAUUUGCUCUCUACGCUGGAAUGGCAUUAUUAGUAGACUUCAUAUUACAAAUCACAUGUUUCGUCAGUCUUCUAGCACUUGACACGGUUCGACACGCGAAUAACAGGCUAGAUGUAUGCUGCUUUAUUCGCUCUAAGCGUGAUGACGGAGAAGAAGUGGUAGAUGGAAUGCUGUAUAAAAUUUUCAAAGUCGCAUACGUUCCAUUGUUGCUGCAAAAAUGGGUUCGCGCGACUGUGAUGAUUGUCUUCUUCGGCUGGCUCUGCAGUAGUAUUGCUGUGAUACCGCACAUCGAGAUUGGCCUAGAUCAGGAACUUUCUAUGCCUGAAGAUAGUUUUGUGCUUAAAUAUUUCAAAUUCCUGAAUAACUACUUAUCCAUCGGGCCGCCAAUGUAUUUUGUUGUUAAAGAUGGCCUAAAUUAUUCAAAUACAAAAAUGCAAAACUUAGUGUGCGGCGGACAAUAUUGUAAUAGCGAUUCAGUGUCAACGCAAAUAUUUACAGCAUCUAAACAACCAAACAGAACUUACAUAGCUAAGCCUGCCUCGUCUUGGAUGGAUGAUUAUAUCGAUUGGUCAGGAUUACCCGGUUGUUGCAGAUAUUUCCCUACGAACAGUUCAUUCUGUCCGCAUACCGCUCGACGCUGUUCUAUGUGCAAUAUCACUUUGAAUGAGUAUAACAGACCAGUGCCCGGUGACUUCAACAAAUAUGUAUCGUUCUUCCUGCAAGACAAUCCCGACGAGACAUGUGCUAAAGGAGGUCACGCAGCUUAUGGACACGGUGUGAAUUACAUGACCGAUUUCAACACAGGAAUGUCGACGGUCGGUGCUUCGUAUUUCAUGGCUUAUCACACUAUUCUCAAGACUUCAGCCGAUUAUUAUGAAUCAAUGAGAGCAGCCAGAGUAGUGUCGGCGAAUAUUACGAACAUGCUCAACUGUAACUUGAAAAGGCUCGGUGAAAACAAUAGUGUAGAAGUGUUUCCCUACAGUGUCUUCUAUGUAUUUUACGAGCAGUAUCUGACUAUGUGGCCCGACACACUGCAGAGUAUAGGAAUCUCAUUGCUUGCUAUAUUUGUGGUUACUUUCUUGCUAAUGGGUCUGGAUAUCUUCUCAUCACUCGUGGUUCUAAUUACAAUCACAAUGAUCGUCGUUAAUAUUGGUGGCUUGAUGUAUUGGUGGCAUAUAACUUUGAAUGCCGUAUCUCUGGUAAAUCUUGUCAUGGCAGUGGGUAUAGCCGUCGAAUUUUGCAGUCAUCUGGUACAUUCUUUCUCAGUAUCAGUUCAAGCAACUAGGGUUGAAAGAGUCGCAGAUGCAUUGACAAAUAUGGGGAGCUCAGUAUUUAGCGGUAUUACGCUGACAAAGUUUGGCGGCAUUAUAGUACUGGGCUUUGCAAAGAGUCAAAUUUUCCAGGUAUUUUACUUCAGAAUGUAUUUGGGUAUCGUACUCUUCGGAGCGGCGCAUGGUCUUAUCUUUUUGCCAGUACUGCUGAGUUAUAUAGGCGUGAUGUCGCGCCGAGGGCGUAGAAGAGCCCGCGAACUCGCGAGCGGAAGUGAAGCUAGGCGUCACGAACGUGACAAGCCGGAUUCUCCUCUACUCCAAAACGACAACCACCAGCGCGCGUCCACUUCCUACGCCAGUGUGAACUCCAUUGAUGUGACUGAUCACCAUGUAACGUUCUAACGAAGAAUUAAUCGUUGCCGAUUUAAUCGGAUGCAAUUUUUGUACUUAGAAGGACUGAAAUGAAUCUACUAAAUAAGUGUCGAUAGGAUUGUGUAUCUUGAACCAUUGUGAACCAAGAGGGUUCGUCUCCUUCACGGGUUCUCUCCCUCGAAAUAUAGAAAGUUUAAUGCGAA